GUCUACUCUCAAACGCACGGACCCAUUCGUCAGGGAGACUGGAUGCGGUGCGUGUUUGUUGUCGUCCCGAGAUCAGGGGCCUCCUCGUCCGAUGGAACUUCAAAAAUAGCAUGGAUCGGAUCUGAGAGCACCGAAUUACUCAAGGUAAAUUAGCGCUUAAGGAAGCAACAAAGAGGUGAAAUGGUCCACCCACGAACGCAAGAGGACGAUCUGCCGGGCAAGGAUGUGGCGAAGGAGUUCUAUGCCAAGUACGAACCCAAAGAGAUCCUGGGAAGGGGCGUCAGCAGUACAGUUAGACGAUGCAUCCACAAGGAAACGGGGCGGGAGUAUGCGGCCAAGAUCAUAGACAUCAGCUCGGACACCGAAGGCGCCGGGCCAACUAGUCUUUACCAAGCAACUAAGAGGGAGAUUGAAGUUCUCCGCAAGGUGGCAGGUCAUCCAUACAUAAUCGAACUGCACGACGUGUUUGAGUCCACCACAUUCAUCUUUCUGGUGUUAGAGCUAUGCCGCCAAGGUGAACUCUUUGAUUACCUGACAACGGUUGUUGCUCUGUCCGAAAAGAAAACAAAGAGCAUUAUGAAGCAGCUGUUCGAAGCACUGGAUUACAUUCAUUCGCAAGGCAUUGUCCAUCGGGAUCUCAAGCCUGAAAACAUCUUGUUGGAUGAUAGCUUAAAUGUCAAAAUAACAGACUUUGGAUUUGCUAUUCAUAUCCAGCCUGGAGAGCUUCUAACUGAACUCUGUGGGACUCCAGGGUAUUUAGCACCCGAAUUGCUCAAGUCCUCCAUGUACGAAAGUUCCACGGGCUACGACAAGCAAGUGGACAUUUGGGCCUGUGGAGUCAUCAUGUACACAUUGCUUGUGGGCUUCCCUCCCUUCUGGCACCGCAAGCAGAUGGUCAUGCUUCGCAACAUCAUGGAAGGAAAGUAUGAGUUCUGCAGCCCUGAAUGGGACGACAUCACCGAGGCUCCCAAGGACCUGAUAAGCAAGCUGCUGGUCGUGGAUCCUGCUGCCCGCAUCGACGCCGCGGGAGCCCUGGAACACAGUUUCUUCAAGGCUGUGAAACGUGCUAGUGUAGGCGUGCCCACCGAAGCCGUAACUCAGAAAAGAAUCUUCGAUGCCAGAAAAACCUUUCAGUUUGGCAUCUUGUGUAUCCGAGCACUGGUACGCAUCCGGCGACUACGCUUCACGCCGGAGCCGCUGAGCCUCAUCCUGGCGAGGACUGACCCUUACCGCAUCAAGACGCUUCGCAAGGUGAUCGACGGAUGUGCCUUCAGGGUGUACUGUCACUGGGUCAAGAAGGGAGAGGUGCAGAACCGGGCGGCGCUCUUCGAGAACCACCCCAAGAUCGAGCUGCGCCAGAUGUACGAAGAAACGCUCGUGGCUGCAUAGACCUCCCCGGUUCCGUCCAAGAGCUACGACGGCUGGUUCGGAGGAACCUGCGUCCACCUGCCGUCGUCACUUCCGCCUUUCGUUCGUCACGCGCCGACCCCCCGUUUGUCCGUUGACAGCGCGGCAGUGGGAUUGCAGCUUUUGUUGCAGGCAGCUCUCGGACACUGCUUGUAAGCAGUGUCCGAGAGCUGAAUGAAUCUGAUACCCCAAAAGUCAUUGUCACGAUGUUUUCCGGUCUUCCCUCGUAUACAACGAGAGUUUAUCGAUUCUGUUAAGGUCAAAUCUGGAGCAAAAACUGUUCUGUUUUUCUUUAGAUGUACAUUGUGUAGGAUUGAAGUGAAGAAAUCCGUUGUAUAUUAAAUUAUGCCAGCCUAGGUACAGAGCGGUCCCUGGUGGUCCUCGCUGCGCCGGCUGCUGGCGCCUGUGAAAGCUUGGCACAGACGCAGCGAGCGCGAGGCAGCUCUUGCCACACCUAGUCUGCUACUCCACGGUACGGCACAAUGAGCGAAAGGGCGGCGCAGCUGCAGACGACGCUUUGCAUGCACCGCCUCUGGAGCCCGCUGCGUCUGCGCCAAGAGCAGUGGGGAGCGCCGGCCACGCGUUCCGGUGUCCCCUUUAAAAGCUGACCGCCCUGUACGUCUGCUGUAGUCUUGUUUUGAUUAUUUUGAAUAGCGAAGGAAACGCAAACCUACAUGCCACAAUCACUUCCAGACACCAUCCGCACAAUUAAACGCGAGUGUGGGUUGCGUUGGAUUUCGGUCGGCUAUCUCGUCGGUGUGUGCACAUUUGGGAGGGUCUACCUUUUCCCAGGUGAGUACGAUUAUGCCAAGCCAGUGUGUUUGGCACAACAGGAAGCAUUUGAAGGUGACAGUUUUGAACUUUGCGCUCUGGUGCUGCCUCGAUGCAAUCGGGCUCAGCCAAGCUAUUAGUAUACACCAUCACGCCUGUCCUAUGUUAACUUGCACAAUCUUUCAGUUUGCUCCUUGUGGCCUCAUGGCAGAUGUUCAUUGGUCCACAAUUGUAUGCAAAGUGCUACCAAAUACGGUUUGAGUGUAUGAAAGGUUUAUGCACAUAUUUAUCUCUUGUUCUCUGGAGUUCUCAGAAUUUCCUCGGCAUGUUGAAAUUUAGUGACUUGUAAAUAUGGAAGAUCAACGUAUAAAUAAACUUGAGAAUCAACA